GAACAGACUGUAUCCUUGCGAUCAGCACACACGAGCGUCACCAGGUCGUUUAUGUUUGACAUUUGAUGUAAUCAAAAAAACUCUACCAACACAAACACAAGCAAGCGAAGAUUAUAUACAGGUAAUUUGCCGCUAGAACGCCCCCGUAGAAAUUGUUCAAAACAGUGUUUAAUUACUUCGAAGAAUACAUAUUCCGUAAGCGUUAAUGUACAUAUUCCCCAUCGCUCAUUAGUAACAAUGAGAAAUUGCUACGUAUAUUCGUGCGAUCGGCGUCAUAAGGGUGACCCAAAGCGGACAAUGUUUAACGUACCAAAGGAUCCGGAAAAGUUUGAGGAAUGGCGCGCGGCACUACCGUUACAUCGGCCCUUGCGGCUACACGACCGGGUGUGUGAGAAGCACUUCAAGCCGGAAGAUAUACAGCGAGACUGGACGUACCACAUACGGGGCGAAACACGGAAGCUGAUGCGAGCGAAACCGGUCCUGCUGCCGGACGCAGUUCCCUGUGUUUUCGACUUCGUGAAAAAGGUCGAAAAUAAAGAGAACAGAGGUCGACGGAAAACAGCCGAACCAGCGAAAGAAUCACCGUCGGAAGAAGGUGGCUUGUUGGUGGUCGUUGAAGGCACCGGCCCGCAGGAGGACGAACCAAUUGGCGUGAGGCAAACGUCCACGGUUGUUUUGUUUAAUGACGAAUCUUUGGAUGCAGUGAUCAAACAACCAGCACCCCUCGGUGAAGGUAUGGAAGAGGCACUGGUAGAAGCCGAACCAGAUGCCGCGACAAAAGAGUCCAUCUUCGAGGAAUUGUACGAUAACAUCUAUGAGGUUGAGCUACCGUCUACGCUUUGGGGUGUGCACCGGGAACCGGACAGGAGGUUUGCCGCAUUUAGUCGCUUCGAAUGGUGCCCGAGCGAUGACGGUGGAGAGGCAGUUAAAUCGGUUUCGCUUUUGGUCGACUGUUCCUUGGCAUGCCGGGCCUGGUACCGUGGGCGGGUCGUGCUCGAAAGGGACAUUUCCACGAAGCUGGUACCCUGGCCGGAUGAUGAAGAAACGUCAGUUCGAUUUAAUGUUUUAAUAGAAUUACUUGACAGGCUAGAAAAAGCUGCCACCGAGAAAGGUUCAGUGGACGUAGAACAAGUAAAGCAAAUCUUAGAAAAUUGUUUCAAAGAUUGAUCUCCCAAAGCAAUGUCGACUUAAAAUAAAAGUAAACAAAAAAAAAAAAACACUACCGUAUCCGACGGCUGUUUUGAACUAAUAAGCGAGUGUAGCUGAAAAAUGAGCUUCGUUCGUGCAUUUGAAUAAAUAUAGCGAAGCGGCCACGCCGGGAGAAUGUUUUGAUUCGAUUAUGUACGUCUUACUCAACGACCACACCACCUCCAACUGAAAAGGUC